UACACUGAAGAGGCAAGAGGCGGGUGAUGGUGCGACGUCACUCUCUAACGGGGAUUGAGUUUCUCGAAGAGAAAGAGAUUAUUGCCGUUUUGGCCUCGAGAGUAACAGGAGUGAGCAAAUUCCUCUGUGAUUUUGUGGAGAUUAUAGUUAUAGGCAACCUCGGAUUUAAAUGUACAAUGAUGGAUCCAGUCAACUUUACAGAGAGUCCUCCCAAUCGCAACACAUCUGAGUUUGAAUAUUAUGACUACUAUGAGGAGAAUACAGAGCUUGGGAAAUCUCUUAACAUCAUGUCACUCAUAGUCUACAGUCUGGCUUUUGUACUUGGAGUGGUGGGCAAUGGCAUUGUGAUAUGGGUAACUGGGUUCAAAAUGAAAAGAACAGUCAACACUGUUUGGUUCCUGAACCUUGCUGUUGCAGACUUCCUCUUCACUGCCUUCCUCCCUCUCAGUGUGGCUUAUACGGCUAUGGGCUUCCACUGGCCUUUUGGCCAGUUCAUGUGUAAAUUCAACAGCACGCUUAGUUUCCUCAACAUGUUUGCAAGUGUGUACAUCCUGGUCGUGAUCAGCGUUGACCGCUGUGUGUCUGUGGUGCGUCCAAUCUGGGCACAGAAUCAUCGGAAUGUAAGUCGUGCAUCAGUGGUGAGCUUGGGAAUUUGGUUAUUUGCCCUGGCAUUGAGCUCUCCCUACUUUGUCUUUAAGGACACUGGGCCAGACCACAACAAUGAAAACAUAAUUAACUGCUUCAAUAACUUUGCCUUCUCUGAUGACUAUGAAACACCAGAGGUGGUGGCACUCCGUACGUUACGCCACCGUGCCAUGAUCAUUACCCGUUUCCUCCUUGGCUUUGUUAUACCUUUUGUAAUCAUUGUCUCCUGCUAUGCGGUUAUCAUCCAUCGUCUCCAGAGAAACCGUUCGAUGUCUGGCCGAACUGGACGUCCUUUCAAGAUCAUUGCUGCUGUGAUCACUGCCUUCUUCUUGUGUUGGGCUCCAUACCAUAUCCUAGUCCUUAUUGAGAUGGUAAACCACAUGGCAACUAAAUACAGCUCCACCCUACAGUAUGUCACCACUGUUGGAAUUCCAAUUGCAACCAGUUUGGCCUUCCUAAACAGCUGCCUAAACCCUUUGUUGUAUGUUUUCAUGGGACAAGACUUUAAAGAUAAAGUGCGCAAGUCAAUCCUGAAGGUCUUGGAAACAGCUUUCACAGAGGAGGUUUCACGCACAAAUACCUGCACAAAUUCAAUGCACAUCAUUCGGAACAAAGAGCAAGGAAGUAAGUCCUUCUCUGAUGCUGAAGUAUAACAAACAGACAUGAGGCACUAUGUCUGAGGGAGGACUUUACAUAGACUGCUCAUUCAACUUGACAUAUGUAUUUAAUGUAAUCAUAAUACAAAUGUAGACACAUUAACUGGAAGAAACUGGAUCAAAAGAAAAGUUUGUCCAAAGCUUUACAUUAAAACACUGCCUUGCAGUUAUAGGGAAUUGCCUAACUAUUAUAAGCGUGUGUGUGUGUGUGUGUGUGUGUGUGGGUGGGUGUGUGGGUGUGUGUGUGAUUAUUGAUAUACACAUUAAGUGUUUGACAAAAAUACAUUUAUAUUGUACUGUAUAAAACUUUGUAUUGUAUAUGUAUAAAUUAAAAUUUGUAUUUGUAUUGUAGGCCAUAUUUAGUAAUGCAGUAGAAUGAAGCCUUUCAAGUAUUGAACAUGUCAGGAGAGUAUUUUAUGCAGUUUCUUAUGCAAUUACUGUAUAACACAUAUUCAAACAUAUUUGAUAAAUUUACAUAUCUAUCAUAUCAUGUUUAUCCAAUGUAUUUGAAAGAUUAAGCAAAAACCUGAAACUAAUUUGAUUAAUAAUUAAGCUAAUUACACUUAUCUCAUCACAA